CUGAUGAAGUGGCUUUGUUCUGAGAUCACAUCAAGAGGGGCAUUGCUGAACUUGCUGCAAAGCCAUUCAUUUCCCCGCAAAGAACAGAUUGUGGCGGAUGUGCAGAUCUGCUGUGUUCUUGGUGAGUUGCCUGUUUGGAAACAUCUAAGACCAUAAUCAGAACCAACUUAACUUUCAGGACAGCCUGCCUGACACAACACACCUCCAUCUAGGCACAACUAUACUGUCGUGCUCUUCAUCCUCUUCAUCCAACCUUCAGAGCAUCAGUCCUUCUCACCAUGUCCACCCAGCUCACCCAGUCCUCCCAAGAAAAGGCCUACAUCUCCCUGAUGAGAGGCUUGACAGAGUUGGACUUCAAUGGUCCCUCUGUUCCCUGUGACCUGGUUCUGAUCGGAGACCAUGCCUUUCCUUUAGUAAUGAACAGCCGAGGCCAGGUCCUGAUGGCUGCCUCUAUGUACGGCCGUGGAAGGAUUGUUGUCUUGGGUCACGAGAGCUACCUGACCACCUUUCCUGCUCUGGUAGAGAACGCUCUGACCUGGCUGCGAGGAGAUGGAUCUGAAAACCUGGCCGUGGGGGUCCACAAGAAUGUCAAGGGAGUCGCUGAUAAUCUCAGCAGAUCCAGCUUCCAAGCCAAAAUUGUGGAGGCCUUUAGUAACAAUCUAAAGGUUGGCGUGUAUGUGACAGAUGCCUACAAAGUGGGUGCAGACGCAAAGGACCUGGUGGCGUUUCUGAAAGCCGGAGGAGGAGUGCUGAUAGCUGGGCAGGCGUGGCACUGGGCUACAGAGAACCCUAAGGAGAACACAAUCUCUCAAUUUCCAGGAAAUAAGGUGUCUGGGGUGGCAGGGAUCUACUUUUCAACACAUUAUGGGGAGGUAGAUAUCCUGCCUGUCUACCCUCAGAUCCCAUCUUCCUGGAUGGCUUUAGCUACUGGUAAGGAUUUUGAGGAUGACCUAGAGUUCUUACUCAAGGGGGUUUCCGAGUUUGACUUCCAGGGUGAAUCUAUAGCUUCUGAGGUUCUGGUCCACGGCCCACUAGCCUUCCCCAUUGGUACCACCAAGGAUAGACAGGCAUUCCUGGCAGGAGCCUACUAUGGGCACGGACGGGUCAUUGUGGUAGCACAUGAAUGUCUUCUCUCAAAAAAGACACUGGCUUCAUUUUGGAACAAUGCCAUUACUUGGUUGGACCAAGGCCGGAAGGGGGUAGUUGGUGUCGAGCCCAAACUCAGCCUUCACAGCAAGCACAAGUGUGAGAAGACAAACUUCAGGAAAGACCUAAGUGUAUUUGUGUGUGACGUAUACAGUGACAAACAUGUGAAGGAAAUCCAUGACUUUGUGGCAGAGGGAGGAGGCCUCCUGAUUGGUGGACAUGCCUGGUGGUGGGCUCAGACACACGAAGGACAAAACCCAAUGACAGAAUUCUUAGGAAACAAGAUCCUGAACAAAAUGGGCCUGAGCCUGUUAGAGACAACAAUUGGAGGAGGUUUGUACAAGGCCCCUGUGCCUAGUCAGGCCAUGAAAGACACCUACCACUUUCGUCAUCUUCUACGCCACUUCACUGGCCAUGUCAUCCAGGGCAAAGAACUCACCAUGCAUGAAGAGGAACACCUUAAAAAACUGGGCAGCGACUGUUCCAGCUUCUUGAACAUGAAAGCUCAUGACAGCUACUCCUACACACUGGUGCUGUCCAUCCUCACUGACAUGUUGAAGUCGGGCAUGCCACAGGUGAGUGAGAAGAACCCUGUAAAGAGUCCCAAAGAACACGUGCUCCUCACUAUGGGGCCAGAAAUAUGUAAGGUUUGCCCAGAUCCUGAUGCCUUCCUGCCUUACCUCAUCAAGCAUAGCCCCACGAUGCCUUUUGUCUAUAACCACAGGAUCAAAAUUAACGCUAACACAUCAGGAGGGAAGGAGUGGCUUAGUACAGGUUUGUACCUCUUUCCUGGUAUGAAGACCGACAUGAUCAUGCCACCAGAGAUACUCAACAAGGGAUGGAUGAUCCAGAUAGGCUGUCAAACAGACUAUCUCAAUGCUGCAGAGUUGAAGAGAGCACCACGUGUUCAUGAGCAAUUUCCUGUUACCACAGAGAAGAUGCAGGUGUGGAACCUGUGGGGGGGACUCAUCUACCUGGUGGCUCCACCCAACACACAGGUGGAGGGGGUAGAGGUCACAGUGCAGACAGCUGUACGUGCACCAUAUUAUAAAUCUGGUGUAACAACAGCAGCUGAUUGGUCCUUGCUACGCACAGCUCAAUCACCUUGGGCAGAGUUGGAGUUUGACAACAUUGUCCUCACUGUACCAUCACAUGUUGUUCGGGAUCUGGAUUGCCCUGAUGAGGUGGCAGGGCUCUGGGACAGCAUCAUGAAGGGCAUCGCUGAACUGGCUGUCAUACCUCACAAAUUUGCCCGCAAAGAACGCAUUGUAGCAGAUGUGCAGAUUUCUGCUGGUUGGAUGCAUUCAGGCUAUCCUAUCAUGAUGCACUCAUCUAUAGCAGCUGAGCUUGUCAGACCAGAUGAUGCCAGGAUAAAAGGCCUAUGGGGAGAAAUCCACGAACUGGGACACAACCAACAGAGAAGUUGCUGGGAGUUCAAACCACACACCACAGAGGCCACAUGUAACCUGUGGUCAGUGUAUGUGCAUGAAGAGGUGCUGGGGCUCAACAGGUCAAAGGCUCAUCCAACUAUGACCUUAACUAGUCGGAAGAAUGGUAUAGAGGAGUAUGUUAAGGGGGGCAAGAAACUCAGCGAUUGGACAGUGUGGGUAGCCCUGGAAACAUACAUGCAGCUCCAGGAAAAGUUUGGCUGGGAUGCCUUCAAGAAGGUGUUUGCUGCCUACCACAAGAUGAGCAACUUUCCCCAAGACAACAAAGGAAAGAUGAACCUGUAUGCUGAGACUUUCUCCCAGACUGUGGAGAUGAACCUGUCUGGAUUCUUUAAGGCCUGGGGCUGGCCCAUAGAAACAGCCACAGAGGAGAAGCUCUCCAACCUGCCUCCCUGGAGUGACCACCCCAUGAUCCAGUAUGGCUGAACUGUAGACUGCUGCUGAUUCAAGUGCAGAGAGAUGAGAUAUGAUAUGAUAUGUUGAUAAUCAGCUAGUGCGCAUUGAUAAUUGGUUAUGAACUAUGGGCUAAUUUUUAUUAUUAAUUUAGUGAUUUCAAAUCAUGAAAAAGGUUGAUAAAGUUAAUGCUAAUCAAGAAAUUAAUGAUGAGCAUAAGAUCACGAUCCUUCUGCUGCUGUAAUUCAUUUGUGCUAACAUCUAAUCACAUAAUUUCAGCUUCUCAACCUUUUGCUUGCUGCUAUUUACAUUAUUUUUUCCCACAGCUCUGGUAAAAGCCAAUCAUACAUAAAAAACAUAAUUCAAUUGAAAAGGAAAUCUAGGGUCCCCUUUCGGGGGUAUAUUAACUCUAAUCCUCUUACAGAUAUGUGGAUAUUUUACAGAUCAGUAGGCUGUGUCUUUCCCUGAUAGAUCAUAUGCUCUUAAGCUACAUGUUAUAAGUUACUUAUAUUUGCUACAUGGAUGUUGUUUUUUUCUACAACCCUGAAAGGGUAGUGCAUAAUUUGAAAGACAAGAAACUUUAUUUCAUUCAUUGAUUCAUUCAUUUUUACAUUAUAUCAAAUGACAGCAAUUUGGACUGUGUUUAUAAGAUACACAGAUAUGUUUUUCAGUUGUGUAUGCUGAUAUUUUUCCUUUAUUGUGAAUGAAAAAAAACAUCAAUAAACAGCUGCUUUA